CACGCAUCUCUGAUUUCCACAUCAACCUUAGUCCCAUUUUAUCAUGCUUUACAAUACCAAAAAAAUGGCAGCACGAAACUUCUCAUUGCUACCACUGCUCCUCGCCCUGUUGUACAUUUCCGGCACCGCUGCCUCGGAAAACUUCAUCAGGGCCUCGUGCAAGGCCACCGAAUACCCGGCGGUAUGCGUCCAGUCUCUCUCGGCCUACGCCAGCGCAAUCCAACAGAGCCCGCGCCAACUGGCCCUGACGGCCCUGUCAGUGAGCCAGGCGCGGGCCGAGUCAAUGAGGGCGUUCGUGGCGAAGCUAACCAAAUUCAAAGGGCUAAAGGCCAGAGAGUACGGAGCCAUCAAGGACUGUCUGGAAGAGAUAGGAGACAGCGCGGAUCGGAUUCAGAAGUCGAUCCAGGAGCUGAACGCCGCGAGUAAAAGCAAGGGGAAGGACUUUCUGUGGCACAUGAGUAACGUGGAGACUUGGGUUAGUGCUGCCCUGACUGAUGAAAACACCUGUUUGGACGGGUUUUCGGGCCAGGCUCUGGAUGGUAGAAUCAAGAACUCGGUCAGGGCUCGAGUCACUAAUGUUGCACAAGUCACUAGUAAUGCACUAGGUUUGGUCAAUCAGUUUGCCGCUAAGUCUUAGGCCUUAAGUCUGCGUUUCAGAGUCGAAUCUCAACUUUUUUUGUGUGUGUUUUUCCUGUGGAUUGUACGUAUGUAUCUUUUAAUGUAAGCCAGUUUUGUUUUGCUGGAAUUGGUUUUGAUUUUGUGAAUCAGAUAUAUUGUCCUCUACAGUUUGUAA